AUGCCAGCUUCACGAUCAAAUGUGACUAAACGUGCCUGUGACGGAUGCAAGAUUCGCAAGAUCCGUUGUGGAGGCGGCCAGCCAUGCCAGGCCUGCACCAAUUCACGCAUCAAAUGCACUUAUAUUCGCGUUCAGCAGCCUCGGGGUCCGCAGCGUUUGCGCUCGACGACAAAGUACCUCAUUGAGCAGACGCAGCGUGGACUGGACGCUCAAAAUGGCGGAUGUGCCUCCGUUCCAGUCGAACAGCCUGGUCAUCAAGGUCAUCAAACAGAGAGAUUGCGAAUACAGACCAACAUUCUCGCUCCCCCGCUCUACGUAUACCACAUGCGCAUGUACCCAGUUUGGCCCAUAGUCAAUGUCGAAAGCCUCAUCUCGGCACUACAAGAAGAUACAGAACGAAGGGAUCUGUCAACCUAUUCCUUGGCGACAGCCGUCGCAGCUGCAACGCUGGCUCAACUCAAGCUCGAAGAUUUGACUACCGGCGACUCGCCAACCGCAGACGCAUUCGCAGCCGAGUGCCUACACGCCCGUGAUUCGUGUGGAUAUAAAUCAAAACCAAGCUUGGACAAUAUUCGGACGUCUUUCUUCCUACAUGUAUACUAUGAGAACCAACAAUCUGGGGGAAGUGAGUCAUUGCUUUAUUUGAGGGAAGCGAUUACCAUGGCGCAAAUGAUGCGCCUACAUCAGGAGGCUUCUUACAUCGGACUCAGUCCUGAGGAAGAGCAACUCCGUCGUCGCAUUUUAUGGCUGCUUUUCGUGACGGAACGGGGUGUUUGUAUCCUCCACCAACUUCCGGCGAUACUCCGAACUAACAUCUCGACCCCUGGGCUCGACGUUAAUGACGAGCCGCAAGUCUUACCCGCAUUCCUGAAACUACUCAAUCUAUUCCGCCUUUUCGAAAAGUCGAAGAUGUUUGAUGUUAUCGAAUGCGAAAGCCUCGGGACUCAUGACCUAAGCGGAGCUGGACCGGACGGAAGAUUCCUUAAACUGCUACAGGACGGACUGCAGGACGGAUCAGCACUACUGGAUCAUACCUCGGACGUGCAGAAGGCAGACCUCUGUGUCACACGGCAUUGGAUGCGUCUGAUCCUGUGGAAGAAUCUAUCAAGAAACAGGACGGCAAACGCACAUUCACCGACUUCGCUUUUCUCACCAUUAUUUCCCGUGAUGGUCGCGAAGGAGCUCAUGGCCAUAGUAACUCAGUUACCAAGGCCGGCGAUUGAGGCGCAUGGCUUGGGAAUGGAGCUGAAACUGUAUGAAAUUGCCAGUUCGCUGGCGGAUGCGGUUAUGAAUCUGGAAAUGGUUCCGCGGCCUCAUGUUUGGGACAUCGAAAGUCGACCAAGUCAGAUUUUGACCCGCUUACAUGCCAUUCUGUCAACGUUUCGCGGUGGUGGCAAUAAGCAGCUGGUGGAAUUGCUCUAUAAGAAGAUGGCCGAGGUGCAGUCGAUUAGCAGACUCACAUUGGGAGCGUCCCUCAAAGAUCCGGCUAGCGGGCCGCAAUUUCAGCAGUCACCGGAAUCAUCAACUUGUAGAGAUGCAAUGACGGAAAAUGUACUCCUCGACCAGUCACUGGCCGAAUCGAGUCAGGUCGUUACAAUGAGCGGUUGGUUCAAUUUUGGACCUUCAUACACAUUGCAAGAAGGCGGAGGCCUACAGCCAGAUCGCUCUGAUGACUGCAUCUUGCCUAACGAUAUGAUCACUGCGAUAGCCUCGACAUCUGACACUUCCUCGGACGCAUGGCCCACGGAGUCCCUAGUCAUCCCCGAAGACAUUGGGGAGAUGGCAUCACUCUUCACCUCUUUGCCAUCAUGGACAACUUCUGAAGAAGAAUUCCUGAGAUCAUUUGAACCUUCCUUACCCAAUGACGAUAUGACUUUCUGGCACGCACCGGUAGUAGGAACUUGA